GUAUGGAGGAGGGUUAAGGCCUCGUGUGGAGAAUUUGGAAACCACGAUUGCUGGCAUCAAGGCGCACUAGGAUGCAGAGAUUACGAAGGAACGGAGUAAAAAGGAGGAAGAAGAACGUAUUAAGAAGGAGCAUGAGGAAGAAGAACGAAUAUUUUGAGAGAAGAAGGCAAGUGAAGAUUUUCAGGCAAAAAUGAAGAAAGAGAUCAGCAGUAGACUUGACUCAAUUAGAGAGCUGCUCGAGAGCAAGAAGGGGAAUGGCGACGAUGAGGUUGCCAAGUUGCGUUUGGAAAUUGAAGGCUUACCGAAAGCAUUACGCGAUGGUCAAGGUGCAUCGACGUCCGAAUGCAUUUUUGAUAAGUAUGAACGUGAAAUUGAGGAAGAAAGGGCCAGGUCGGAUCGCGGACUUACUGCAAUGGAAGGGGAGAUCGCAAGGUUACGGUCAGCCAAUGAAGAGGCCGUUGUCGCAGCUGAUGUUUGGAAGAGUGAAGCGCUUCGCCCUGGGAACAAGCGUGGGAGUAUCGUUGUUACCGCUACGCCGGUGCCUGGAGUACGAACUCGAGCUCGCACGGAUUCUUUACUAUCACCGUCUGUGGAAGAUCUGAAGCUCAAGGAGAAGGUAGAACAUCAAGAGCAUGAGAUUGAGCUCCUUAGGGAAUGGCGCCUUCGUGAGCUCAAAGGUCGUCGCGAGGCAGAACAGGAGUUGAAACUACUUACGGAGAAGAUGGCGAUGCUCGAAGUGGAGAGACGAACUCCUACGGCUUCAAACCUGAAGGCUCAGAUGGACAAGGUAGCCUCAACGGCGGAGAAAGGUAAGAAACAGCUCAGCCCGGAGGCAAUGGCGAUUGAAGCUAAUGAUCGAGAAACCUUCCUUCAAGAAACCAGAAAGAUGUUGAAGCCGCUCAAGAAAGAGAAGAUCGUUGCGCUCUGCGCGAAAGAAGGCGUUUCCUAUUCUACGUUGGACAAGACCAAGGAAGAGUUGGCGCUAAAGCGCGCUGAGAAGGCGUUUGGUCCUGUUAAAGAUCGUGCCGUGAAGAAAGGUGGGGUGGUUAUUCAUGAAGUUACCGAUGGUGACGAGCCAGGUGACGGUAGUACCGAGGUUAACUGUGAUUCGGCCACUUCUUAGGUUCAAUCCCGGACGCGUCGUGGUUUGGGAGUCUUUUACGGUGUUGCAUGCAGUUU